AUGAAUAAAAUAUGCUUAGCAUCUAUUUUUUUAAUUUUUAUUAAUAACUCUUUUCGUUGUACUCUUUGUCUUUCGUUUGAAUAUAAUAAAAUUGAAUCAAAAGCUGACGAAAAUACUGAAGAAGGCAAAAAUGUUAACAAUAAUUCUAGUGUACAAUGUCAUUUUGGUGGAGGUGCUGGAGUUUUCAAUGGGAAAACAGUUAUAGAUUGUACUGAUAAUACUGUUUGUCUUAAUUUUACUGCUUCUCUAAAUCAUACAGAAAGUAAUAAUACUUUCAUCAAAGCAUUACAUACUGGAAACAACAAGGAUGUUGCUUAUGGUUGUCUUGCUGAAAAUCUUUGCCCAUUGAAGAAUGCUUGUGGUAAAGGGGAAUAUAAAGGUGAAUGGGGGGAAGUAUGUUGCUGCAAUACAAAUCUGUGUAAUGGUGCUCAAUCAAAAGCUUCCUUAUCCUUUUAUUUUCUUUUUGCGUUUAUUCUUUUACCUUUUUUAAUUGGUCCACUAAUAAAUAAAUAUUUAUGUUAG